UUAAGGAGAACAAAGAGAGGUCAGCAGUUUUUUUUUCACAGAGUCUGUAAAAAGCCUCUGUUGCUUCCUCCUGCCCCCCGAUGCAAAAAAUGCUGAAUUUUGGUUUUUUGCUGUUGACCUGUCUUGUAAACCUGCAGCCCUCCUCUUGUCAGGCAGAUAGGAGAAAUGCUAUCAUCUCCGCCAUGGAGAAGGCCGUUUUGUUCCUGGGUGAAUACCACGACAAAGUCAACAUAGAUGCGGUAUUGGGAUACUCCGUCUUGGAAGGUUUUUUGAAUGUGGUCCUGGAGAGAUGGCAAAGGAAGCUGGAAUUAACUGUCGAGCGGCAGAGAAUCCUGAUGAUGAGGGAAAAGCUGUUGACCUUCAUAAAGGAUGCAGACCACGAUGUUGAAAAACAAGUUCCGGUUUCCCACAAAGAGUUUGCUCCAGCUUUAAAACCAGGAUUUUGGAAGGUCCCCCAAGAAUGGAGAAAGAUUAACGAGUCCAUUCCUUAUUCUCCAACAAGUGGCCGCUGCCUGGAUUUAAAAACCAGUGAUUUUUGCAUCUCGGCCCUAUUAGGAACACAGGAUGACUCUGAGGUAUGCUGGAUUCCAGACAACUGCACCAGGCUCAUGGUAAACACCCACUGUGAUGGCUACUUGCUGUCCCACCAACUCUUUUACUUUCUGUUCGCCAAGAUGCAAUCGUGCCCUAAUUCGCUCUUCCAAAAUGCUGGGUACUAUGAAAACAUAUUCUGUGAUUUGAUGAUGCGAGCCAAUCGCAAUAUCGAAAAGAAGAAUCUUGUGGACUAUUUUGGAGAUCUCUUUACAGAGAACAUUAUGUUUUGUGGGCUAGCUGGAUUCUCAGAAUUCUUCCAGGCUUCCUGGCUUGACCGCAUUCUCAACUGGCAGAAACAGGAGAAAGGAUGUUUCUGGAUGUUCACUUCUCCCAGUGAUGAGGGCCACGUGAGAAGAAGGCCUAAGAGAUCAGAGAAAAUUAUUGAAGGUAGCUGCUCUUCCCAUAACACUGCUGUGGCUGUUGCAGCACUUGGGGGCUUCCUCUUGUACGGCACCUCAUGAUGCUCCAUCCUUGGACACCUUUCUUGAUUACAGUUUAAACCCAGCUUUCUCUGGGCCACUGUCCUACAAUAAAUGUCCGUCU